AUGAGCGGUUUGUUCGUUAUUGUAGUCUCACCUACGAUCGGUAUGGAGAUUACCCAACAAAACCCCAGGCUUGCAUCUAACCGUCCUAAACAACUGUGUCGUUACCUCAAACCUACUACCGGCGGUCCCACCAUUUUAGACAUGGAUGAAAAAGAAUGGAAGCCAUGGCGUGGAAUCUAUAACAAAGCAUUUCACCGUGACCGAGUCAUCUCUCUUGUGCCUUGCAUGGUGGAAGAGGUAUUAGUCUACGCCGAAACCUUUAGCGGAGACCGGAGAUAUGUGCUUUUUGGAUCCAAUCACGCUUCGUUUCACGAUCGAUAUAAUUGGGAAAACAAGCCUGCAGAUCUAGUGGCACUAGGUCCCAAUGCAGCUGCUACAGCCAUCGUCAUCAGGGGAAAUCCUCGCGUGAUAAACAGCCUACAAUACACACUUGCCGUCAUUAGAGAAUCGAGGCGUCUUUUCCCACCUGCAGGUGCUACCCGUGCGGGUAAGCGGGGCAUCAGUGUAACAGAUGAUGCAGGCAACGUUUGCUCAACCGACGAUGCUAUCCUAUAG